AUGACACUUUCCAAUCACAACAAUCAUCAUAACAAUCAUCGUCCUCCUCGUCCACUGCCACCCACUCCCAACAAUCAAAAUAUACCGAGUAGCAGUACUACUUCUCAAGUACCAUCAUCGUCGUCGCCAUCUUCAACAACAAACACCUCUCAUGAGCAAAAAAGAAAAUCUGUUGGACAUACAACAUCCAACCAAAAUCCCUUCACAAAUACAUUUAAUACAACAGGAUCAUCUUCAGUUACGGUUGUCAAACAAUCGAAUGGAUCAACGAUGAGUGAUAAUGUGACCUCACGAAGAAAGUCUCCAUCGUUUUCGACAUCACCCAACUCAAUGACACCAUCAUCGACCACCAAUCCAACUUCUCAUCAUUCUUUUGGAAGCACAGGCACUACGGUCAAUACAAGUGACAUUUUCGCUCAAAAUAAUGUUGCAACCAUUCCUUCUGCAGUGUCUCUCCACCAUUAUAAUGGUCCAAUAAUUUAUUUGAGAAUUUCAAGAGUUGAUUAUUUGAAUACAUAUCCUGUCAACUCGAGUAGCUCAUCAAAUUCCACAACGUCAACACCAUCCGUCAAUAAUAAUAAUGGAUCUUCCACUCCUAGCAAUAACAACACGACCUCUACCACGACGCCUUAUGGUCUGAAUGUUUUCAGUGCAUUUACAUCCGUAUCGAACAGUUCAUCAAGUCCCGGAAGCUACAAUAGUUACAUUGAAAAGGCAUCCAAAUUUUCAAUUUAUAAUCCUUACAUUGUAGUUCAGUAUGGAAAAGUGGCUUCAAAUCUCCCAAGCAACAGUAUAUUGACAAGCCCUUCUGUGAAUGGAAGUGACAAUACCAGUGGUGCAAGUAGCACCAACUCACCAACAUCCGAUGACGGUAAUGUUUUUGUGUUUGAACAAAAAACAAAAGUAGUUCAAAACGACAUUUUCCCAAUUUGGAAUACGUGUAUGGAGUUUCCCUUGUUAAAUUCCAAGAGCUCUCUUCCCUAUUUAUCUAAAUAUGUUCCAUCAAGUUUAUUUUCCAAUGCAAUCAAUUCGUCACAGAGUGGAGAAGUUUUGAAUCAGCCCAUUGAUAGCGGUUCAGUUGUCACGUUUAAAGUCAUGAAUCAAAAUCGUUACAGAAAAGAUACUGUCAUUGCGCAAGCCGAGUUAAAAUUGUCAGAAUUAUCGUACUUGAGCAAGGAUGAAAAAGUUUCAUUGAAAAUGAGAAAACCUGGUGAAGUGUUAGCAAGUGGCAAAACCGAUCUCUUGUCACCAGGAGAUAUCGUACCUGAUACAUGCCCAAUCUUACAUUUGGACAUUAGAGUUGAUUGGACCGACAAGUACUACAAAAGAAAUGGCGAUGACGACUCGGCUCAUGGCUUUUCGAGUUGGAGCGAUGCCAUUUCUCACAUCCAACAUCAAGAAGAUGCCAAAAAUCAGGAAACGAGCGAUGAUGAGGACGAUGAUGACGAUCCACUCUUCCGAAAGAAACAAAUCACACCUGAAAUGCAACUGAAAAUUCAUGAACGGAUUUUGAAUCAAUGUGAAGUGUUAAAGAUGAUUUCUCUGUUUGUACCAAAGAAGUGGCACAUACUUCCAAAGCCUGACAAGUUAAUUCUCAUUUCCCCAACUCAAUUUUUGAACGAAGAAAUAUUCACCGAUAGCAUCAAUAUUUAUUACGUCUAUGAGCAAAAUUCAAUUAAUGUCAUGGAAGAUAUGUUGAAAAAUUGUGAAAAACGACCCAAUUUUGAAGUGGUGAUCCCACUACACAAAUUUAGAAUGCUCUCAAAAUGGGAAGGUUUCCGAUUUUCAUGCUACUAUUCUCUCUACAAGAAAGUGUUUCUUCAAGACGUUAUUUGUAUCCAGUCAAAUAUUGGAAUUACCUAUGUGUUUCAAUAUGUGACUAAUUGUGGAGGCCAUAACAAAGCUAUUUUAGAAAAAUUGUUGGAAAGAGUUACUCUGCAACCAACCCUUUAUGCCAAAGAGUUAGAUCGGCCAAAGAUUUGGUGUGGAGCAGUUCCUCUAGGCUGGAGAACGUUCUCCAAAGAUCACAUAGUCACACUGGUGUCUCCAUUUCAAUGUAAUUCCAAACUUUCAUGCACGGACAAUAUUCAAUUACAACCAUUCCUUGCAAAUAUGACUGUAUUAGACAGAAUUCAUUUCAUUCUUGAGAAACUGAAAGAAAUACCAGAUUUUGACAGCGUUGACAUCAUUAAGGAACCUUUUUCGACCAACCUCUUUGAUCUCGGUACGCUGAAUGAAGAUGCACUCAAUGCAUAUACGACCGGAGAACAAUGUGAAGCAGUACCUGAGAAUGAAAUAUCUUUUGAGCCUCCCUUUAUUAAGGAACGUCGAAAAGCUAUUACAAGCUCUUCCAUGGUGUCACAAGACAAUUUCGAAGAGGCAUAUGGAAUUAUAUUUGCAGUACGACUGAAAUCAAAGACACCCAAUGUUGAAAGCAACAGCAACAACAACUCGAGUUCUCCAUCUCAACCCAAUAACGAUACUUUAACCAUUUAUUAUCAAAAAUCCAUUGUGAUCAAGAUGAAAAAUGUGGACUAUCAAUUGCAUGCAUUCUACAAGUCAUCAUUCAGUAAUUUACCAUCAGAAGGAGCUCUCAAUCGAUUGGUCCAAGCUCUGAAAUUGAGUCAGUAA